GCUCUAUAAAACCUCAUGGACCUCUUCAAAAGGAACACACAUAACCACACCAGAACCAAUAUAGCAAUAAAAUUUCUUAUAAGCCACCAAAGCCAUGAGCCUUCUCAAUCACCUCCCUACUGUCUGUACAUCCUAUGGAGGAGUACCCUCUACUUUGCUGCAUCAACCGUUAAUGCAGCUACAUUCAAUAUCCAAAACAACUGUCCCUUCACUGUUUGGGCUGCCGCUGUGCCAGGCGGCGGCACACCGCUUGGCAGCGGCCAAGUAUGGUCUAUCAACGUAAAUGCCGGAACUACAGGGGCCCGCAUUUGGGCCAGAACAAAUUGCAACUUUGAUGGAGCCGGACGUGGAAGAUGUCAGACUGGUGACUGUGGCGGUCUCCUCCAAUGUCAAGGCUAUGGUCAACCCCCAAACACCCUCGCCGAAUAUUCACUAAACCACAUGAACAUGGAUUUUUUUGAUAUCUCUCUGGUUGAUGGGUUCAAUGUCCCAAUGGACUUUAGUCCCACCUCCAAUGGCUGCACUAAAGAUAUCAGAUGCACAGCGGAUAUAAACGGACAGUGCCCCGCGCAGUUGAAGGCUCUGGGUGGAUGUAACAAUCCUUGCACUGUGUUCAAAACUAAUAUGUAUUGUUGUAAUUCUGGAAAUUGUGGUCCUACCAACUACUCUAGAUUUUUUAAAAGUCGCUGCCCGAAUGCUCGUAGUUACCCUAACGAUGAUCAAACCAGCACUUGCCCUGGUGGCACUAACUAUAGGGUUGUGUUCUGCCCAUGAAACAAGUAUAUAUAUGAGGUCAAUGAAGCAUACAUCGAUCUCAAUAUUGAUAUGUUUGUGAUGCAAUAAGAGUCUGAGAGCUUAUAGCUUUGUGAUCA